ACAAAAGCGAUGUGGAUGGUCGGUUUGGCGGCUUGUCUCUCCGAGAGACAGUGAGAGAAAACGUUCAGACGAAGGACGUCAAGCAGCAUUCGCCACCAGGAAUAGCCAACAAAAAAGACAGCGGGUACACAUCAUCGAGAACCUCAUUGGAGCUAUCCGGUGGAGACGUGAGGAUCGCGCGGACGCGAAUACGCAUCGACCGCACUUUACCGUCGACGGUUCCGCUUCGCGGCACAACGUGGCCCUCAUCAGUCAGAACAUCGAGGACAACUACGGUGCUCGCAAAAACAUUGAUAAUAUGUCAGUGUCAUCUACGCUGAGUACGCUGUCGGGCUGCUCCUCCGAGUCUCGUCCCACUCCGUCACUGAUACCGGUCGUGCCUCCGGUCGACUACGACGAUCCCGAUUCCGGUACCGGUGGCUCUGACAGUGACACGCAAAAUGCGGAAAGUGGGUCAUUUGAAAGGAAAGUACUACUAAAAUGGACGUGCGCUGAUGCCCUUCAGUGGCUAACUUCAUUG